CCUCAACGAAUUCGCCCAGAUCAAGAUGUCCAGAUCAGUAUCUCCAUUCUGCGAAUGGUUUAUCCCCAAAUCACCAUGCGACUCUCAAUUAAGAAAGGAGUAAUGGAAUUAAUAUCUACCUCUUCAGUAUUCGUGGCAACCGGAACACGAGUUCUUCAAAUGAAGGUUCCCAAUCAAGCAUCUGCUGGCGAUUACUGGCUACAUCUUGACGGUUACAUAUCAUCCAACAGUUCCCUUCUCUUUCAAAAUCGAACUAUGAUUGAACUCUAUCCAAAAACCGUAUCUUUACUUAUUCAGACUAGCAAACCGAUUUACCACCAAAGCCAAAUAGUUAGAUUUCGAGUCAUCCCAGUCCAACCAGAUCUUAUGCCAUGGUUUGGAUCCCUGAUUUCAAUCGAAGUAGCUGAUUCAUCGAAUAACCUUUUCAAACGCUGGUUGAAUCCAAUGACUAAUAUCGGUGGAAUAAUCGAAUUGGAUUUCCAAUUGGCUGAUCAGGUGAAUGAAGGUGAUUGGACAAUUCGAGCUCGUCAUGAGAAAUAUGUUGCCGAAAAGACAUUUCGAGUGGUGGAAUACUGGGCAAGAUUAUGGGAUGUAAACGUAACAAUGCUGCCCAGAUAUUCUGAUGAAGACUUCGCUCUAACUGGACUUAUUCAGGCUAACUACACAAGUGGGAAAUAUGUCCGAGGAAACGCGACCGUAGUCAUCGAAAUGCGGGAACGAGGAGAGGAUAUGUGGUCAAAGCCGCCUGCAGGAACAGUCCGACGCACUAUCGUUCAAUUGGAUGGACAUGCUGGGUUUAUCGUGCCUUUCUCGGAACUUCGGGCACAGCUAGCGACAACUGGAGGAACAGAACCUUCGCUGGCUAAUAUGGAUAUCUGGGCUAAUGUAUCUGUGUUGAAUUGGUGGGAAAAUGAUGUCCAUUCUGGCUGGGCUUACACCCAGAUCUUUUCGGCGAAUUCAAACAUCAAAUUUCUCGGUGGAGAUGUGAGAACUUAUAAGCCUGGAAUGUACUUCACCGCUUUUAUGGUGAUCUUUACAGCUGAUGGUCAUCAACCACUUUACAUUGGCAACCGGCGAGUUAAACUCACUUUCACCUGCUCUGAAGGCGCAGAAUUGAGAUCGGUGCUUCUACCAAUUCCCGACGAUGCUCUAAUCCAAUACACAUUCCGUCCAACAAAUGAAGAGUCCUGCACUUACUUGAGACUUCAGGCAUCAUUUCUGGAUGAAAACUCAGUGAUCCUCGCGACCGCUUAUCAACGGCUAUUCAGAUUCCAGUCGCCCUCAAGUACUUAUCUCCAAUUGACCACAACCACUCCCCAACCCCAGGUUGGUGAAUACAUGGUUCUAAAUGUUGAAACAAAUUAUCCCAUGGAUACCAUUCACUAUAUAGUCACAGCCGGAGGAAAUAUCAUAACCUCAGAUCGCAUGACCUUGAAGAGUACUGUGACUUUCCGAUCAUUCUCGAUCGCUGUAUCCAAAGCAAUGGCUCCAAUCUGUCGAAUUUUAGCUUUUUGUGUGAAAAGCGACGGAGAAAUCCUCGCGGACAGUCUCACAUUCUUCACCAACUACAGUCGUGUUAAUAAUGUGGAGAUUCAAAUCAACCGUGGAAAGGAUCUAAAUCUCGACACUGUGGAGGUUCGUGGAAAGGCUACACCUGGAUCAUAUUUGGCCGUUAAUGUGCUCCAUGCAGAUCUGUUCCGAUACGAUAGUCCAUCCUUCAUCCAGGAAAACGAUGUGGUCGAUGAGAUGUGGAAUUACGAGGCACAUGCGCAGACCCCCUACAAAUUCAUUUGGUACAACAGCGUGAAUCAAGUUGAUCGGGUAUAUGUUCCCACUCCUACCUAUGGUGCUGACGCCAACUCUACCAUCCAGAAGUCGGGGCUUGUUCUCUUCACUGAUGCCAACUUCACCAAAGCAAACUUUUACCGUUAG